AUGCCUUGCACGACUCAUCACAUCGUGCUGGAAUGCGAGAUGAGCGAGGAAGUCACAAGGCUCCAGCUGGAUGCCGCUUCAGGCGUCGAGGAGACGAUGAUUGAGCAAGGAUCGCAGGAGCUGUCGUCGCUGGAGCUGCAGCGUCUCCUGGCCAGUUGUGCGAGCGUCCGCACGUCUCCGGAGGAGGUGCAACAGGCGUUGGGGGCGCACCUGGCGAGGGUGCUCGCUGAGGGAGUCGACUGGGAGGCUUUGCUCAGUAUCGCCCGGUCAGUUGCCUUCCUCCACAAUGGCAGGUCCUCUCAGUCACUGUCUCACAGCGUGGGCCUCUUGGUGCAAGCGGCCGAGGCCCACAAGAAACCCUCGGAGGUGCGUCGGCUGCUGCAGGUCUUGGCAAAGAUUCCAGGCAAAGAGCCCCGUCGUUUUCUUGAGUCGGCCGCACGUGGCUGGGCUGGUGAUGCCCUGGGCGCCAAGGAUUGGAGCCUCACCCUCAAUGCCUUUGCGCGUGCACAGCUCCCACGGGCGGAUGCCGAGGCCCUUCUGGAGGAGAACUUGGCUAUGCUGGGAAGCGAUGACUUCAGGAUGGAGGAGUGGUCCGCCCUGAACUUGUCGUUGCUUUGCAACUCCCUCCACAGGCUGGCGAUGGCAUGUGGAGGAAGUGCCGGCGAAAGCAGACCGAAGGAGCUCCGCCAGCGCUGGCACGAAUUCCUUUCAAGGGUGGCAGCCGAUGCCUUGCCGAAGCUACGCGAGAGCUGCUCGCCUCAGGACGUGGCGCAAUUUGCCACAGCAUUUGCCGCGGUACCAAGCGGGCCGCACCGCUCGGCUCUCGCCGAGGCCCUGGAGAAGUUGCUGCAAAGUCAGCGACGCCAGAGUUUCGUUGAGGCGCUUUCGCUGGAGGGUCUUUGUGGCAUUUUGGUGGCCAUGCAACGCUUGGGCUGCUGCGACGAGGCAUUCCUCGCCGCUGCAUCGCAGAGGCUGAGGAGAAGCCGUGCGCAGCUGACUCCAACUCAUUUGGGUCAGGUGUGCAACGCCUUCGCACGAUGGCUUGAGGCUGACAGUGAUGCAAAGGAUCCUCGCACAGCCGAUGUGCGGAAACUUGGGGAGUCGGUCGAAGAGCUCUUCAGAACGACGUUCUGUCCGGCAAUUGCCGCUUCGGCCGGGAGAUUCCGAAACCCGAGGCAUCUUGGUUUCGUUGCAUUCGCGCUGAUGCGCUUGGGCCAUGCCGGGCGCAGGACCAUGGAAUCGCUGGCAGCUGCAGUGCUCACAGCGCAAGAGGAGGAUUUCAACGGUCCGCUUCGCCUGAAGAAAUGGCCCGUGAUUUCCCUCGUUCAGCUGACCGAAGCCUUAUCCGACGCAGCGCUGCGUCACCAGCCUGAAGAUUCAAUGGAGCUGAUCGCAGUGGAGUCCCUGCAGCGCGCCGUCGCCGACCAUCUUCUAAGUGACGGCUCGAACUUGGAGCCGUCAGAGGCGGUACGCUUUGCUGCGGCGCUGCACAGUGUCCCUGAUUGCUUAGACUUCGUGCGCCGCACUGCAGAGGCAGUGGGCCAAAGCACACACGAGCUUUCGCUACGAGAUGGGCUGCUGAUGCUUGGAACCCUGCAGCAAGUGGAGUUGCGGGAGGCGGCGUUAUGGCAGCCGCUGCUAUGGCACCUACAUAGAGCGGUCGACAAGGAGACAUGGUCUCCCCCCGUGGCCAUCACCCUCUUCCGGACGCUGGAGAGGCUCGACUGCUACUGUCAGCUGCUCGCGGAGGAGGUGGAUCCUGUGCAAGCGUUCUGCGCAAAGACCGCAGAACUACUGCAAGGUAUGGAAUUGACUUCUGAGCUAGACCGGCAGAACGCCCUCUCCCUGGCGCGAUCACUCCAGGCGGCUGCCGAAGGCGCCCCGAUGUCUCAGGAGUGGCGCCAAGCUAUUCUUGCACACGUCGCAUCAGCGGCCUGUCGCUUAGACAUCAAUUCAUGGUCGACCGGCACCACAGAAGGACAGCGCAGUUGGCUGCACCAUGCCUUCCUCCUCAACCGUGUGGUCUCGGCCACAGGGCAUCCAGGCGCGCGGCGCUUGCUGCUCAGUACGAAGGAACCAGACUUCCAACUAUCUCCUGGGGCUGCCCUGCGGCUGUUGCGAAGCUUUGCUGCUGCGAAUUUCGACCUGUCCUCAUCGAGUGCACUAGCGGGGGCUCUGGCGACGGUGGGACUGAUGGAUGACUUGAAGGGCUGGCAGAAAGCGCUUCUGCUGCCCUCCUUGGCUGCCUCUAGCAGCUGUCAGACGCCACCAAUGAAAGACCUUCUGAGCAGAUGUCUGUGCUGGGAUCUCGACGAAAAUGUCGUCCCUGAGACGGCCGAGAUGUCUCUAGCUGGCCUCCUUCUUCUCUCGAAAGCUGAAGAUGAGCCGGGCAGCCGCACUGCUUCAGAGCGCCUUCUCCUCAAGUCCUUGGCCAGAGCAGCAGAGGAGGCCACCGACUGGCCUGUGCUAACGAUGGUAGCCAUGGGGCUGCGCAUCUCGGCCACCAGCUGCCCAGAAAUGGAUUGGAAGCGCUGCCUUUGCAGACGCUGCGGCGUUUUCGGAGCUCUGCAGAUCGAUUUCUUCAGUUUGAAGUGCAGACCUGUUCAUUUGAAGAAAGUGAAGAGGCUGAUACGCAUCUGUCUAAACCUUGGCGUGCGCGUGAACAAAGCCUUUCUUCUGCUCACCAAGUGUUUGCAGAUCCUUCUGCUGCCGCAGCUGAGUUCUUAUCAGUACCGCGUGUACUUCGUCUAUGUUCUCCAGGUGUUGGGCAGCGAAGUGUUUCAGCUCCUGAUUGCGAAGUGCCUGCAGUCGUACUACUAUGUGAACAACCUCUUGUUGCUCCUCUCGCUGGGCAGCUUCCUCCCCUUUCUCCGAGUUGUCUACAAGCUGUGGAUCUACAUCCCAUGCCCACCCAUGGCAUCGCUGAUUUCUAACGUGGCCCUCGUGCUGACGCUGGUGAUGCUUCUCAUUCUAGGAUCCGGGACCUCGACGGAGGCGAACUCGUCCGCCAACGUGUUUCAGGUCUACAUCUAUGCCAUGAUGAUAUGGCCUUGGCUCGUCCUGACUUCCGUCGUGUCGCGACUCUUCAUCGAAAGACAGGCUGGUCGGAACCCCUUCUCGCCCGUGAAGGACUUGCCAAUUUUGGGCUUUUGCGGCGGGUUGUCUGGAGUCAUGUCCUUCGUGGCAUUAAAGAACCUGACAAUCUGCGACUGUCUAGUUUUAUCCAUUGUCGACAACAUGAUUGCAGCUGCCGUCGCGUCCAUGUUGAUGGGCAAGUACCGACGGAGGAGACACUUCCGGGCCAUUAAGGUCUACGCCUUCAUGUGUGGCAUGAUCUUGCUGUACUUCCUCGGGGACACAGGGCUGUCGAACAUGUCCAGGAACUUCCCGCUGAACGAAGCUCACGUCCUUUUCGUCGUCUCGCGCUUCUUCCUUGUCACGCGAUCGAUCUACGUCAAAUGGAAGUAUGCCACGUUCCACCACACAAAGGAGCCAAGCAUGCCGCCGGAGAACUUGCUGCUCUUCUACGCAAAUGCCCGGCCGACGCUGCAUCGCUUUCGUAACUUUCCUUCGCCGAUGCUUUUGGUCUUGGACUGUGUCUUCGACAGCGGCUUGCGCGACACGGAGUUGCACGGGAUGGGCCCGCUAGGAACCGAGGACCUCUACAACCUCACCGAGUUCACCUACCUUCUCCCAGCACCUUGGCAAAUUUCAACAUGCCCAAGAGACUUACCUUGGGUUAGUAGGGAAUGGAGGAAUGGGGUACCAUUAAAAAUACUAUUACUACCAUUCUUCCAUUCCCUACUAAGUAAAGGUAAGAAGAGACGCCCUACUGCUGCACCCACAGCCUGUGCCUUGCAAGCGCUUUCUCGGCGGUAUGUCUCGUCGUGA